CAUUCUAGAGGAUUUCGUCACCGAGCUGCAAAACAAUACUGGGUUGAAGACCAGGAAGUUCUCAAGAAGUACAAGGAGACUCACGGGCCCGAUCAUAUAACCGGCCGGGGUGGCGCCGGUGCGAAAGGACACGUUAAUAUCAAGGGUUGGAUUCCGAACCAGGAACGAGCCCUUGCAAAGGAGAAGGAUGUAAUGAAGAAAUGGCAAGAAAAGAAGAAGGUGAACGGUGGCAUCAGGAUGGGACGAGGGGGAAGAUAG